CCCCUUUCCACGCCACGCGCCCCCUUCCUCCUCCGCCUCCCGGACACGCGUCUGCGCCCAUUCCGACGUGCGCAACAGCCCCAAGAGAGCCGAGGCACAGCCUCGCCUCCCCACCUCCACGCCCCGCUCCUCCCCGUCUCUCUCUCUCCACCCCCCUUCCACUCGCACAAAGAGGAUUCCCACGCCCUCCCUUUUGGAUGCAACCUACUACCUUUUGUCUCCGGCUUCCUGCGCGUCUGGAUCUAUCUUUUCUCUCCGACAUGGAUUUGGGAAACUGAGCAACAAGCCUCUCUUCUCCCCCCCCCCCCCCCCACCUUUCCUCCUCCUCCUCCUCCUCCCCUCCCCCCAAAUCACAACCAGAAGACAAAAGGAGACGAGGAUCAAUGCGAAGCAGCAGCAGCAACCGAGAGAAGAAGAAGAAGAAAAGAAGCUGAAUCGGUCCACUUCCCACUCGGGGUUUUCUUCCUCGAAGCGAGCCGUUGCCUCCUCUUGGCGUGCGUGUUCGUGUGGAUGCCUUGGGGUUUUUUUUCCGGGGGGGUGUCGGGUUCCCCCCUCUCCUUUCUUCUCUCCCUUUCUCUCCCCCGCCCCAAAAGCCUUUUGUAUGUCUGCGUGGGGUUUUCUACCUUUUUAACACCGAACGAAAAUUAAAAGAGAUUUUGGGGGAAGCGUGGGUGGGGGGGAAUCGGACACCCACCAAUCCAAGCCACCGAAAGCUGGUGUGGAAGGGAUUUUUUUUUUCUUUUUAAGAAAAGGAGGGGAUUUUUUUUUUACAUUUUAAUUUUUUUUAAAAAAAAUUCCCAAACCCCGCGGACCCGUCCUCCUCUUACGCGGCUAUGGAAUUCACGAGCGGCGGGGGCGGGGGCAGCGACCCCCGGCAAAUCGAGGAGAGCAAACCCUUGCUGGGCGAAAUGUCUGCGACGGAAGGCACUAAAAUGGGAGCCGCGCUUUGCAGGCGAGGCGUCCACUGCAGUGGCAUGAGGUACAAACUGCUCCAGGAAGGGGACAUCCAGGUGUGUGUCAUCCGGCACCCGCGGACAUUUCUCAGCAAGAUCCUCACCUCCAAAUUCCUGAGGCGGUGGGAGCCGCACCACUUGACCCUGGCGGACAGCAGCCUGGCCUCGGCCACGCCAACUGGGUACAUGGAAAACUCAAUUUCCUACAGCUCAAUUGAAGAUGUUCAGCUGCUGUCUUGGGAGAAUGCGCCCAAGUACUGUUUACAGCUUACCAUCCCUGGGGGUACAGUCUUAUUGCAGGCUGCAAACAGUUACCUAAGAGAUCAGUGGUUUCAUUCGCUGCAGUGGAAGAAAAAGAUCUACAAGUACAAGAAGGUGCUGAGUAACCCAAGCCGCUUGGAGGUGGUUCUGAAGGAGAUCAGGACCUUGGUGGACAUGGCACUGACUUCCCCUCUGCAAGAUGAAUCCAUCCAUCAAGCUCCUCUGGAGAUAGUUUCCAAAUUGCUCUCAGAGAAUACCAACCUAACCACUCAAGAGCAUGAAAAUAUUAUUGUGGCGCUUGCUCCGUUGCUGGAAAACAACCACCCGCCUCCUGAUUUGUGUGAAUUUUUUUGCAAGCACUGCAGAGAACGCCCUCGGUCCAUGGUGGUCAUAGAAGUGUUCACGCCGGUUGUGCAAAGAAUCCUCAAACACAACAUGGAUUUUGGGAAGUGCCCUCGGUUGAGGCUGUUUACUCAGGAGUACAUUCUGGCCUUGAACGAAUUGAACGCUGGCAUGGAAGUCGUGAAGAAGUUUAUCCACAGCAUGCACGGUCCAACCGGGCAGUGCCCCCAUCCCAGGGUCCUGCCGAAUCUCGUCGCGGUCUGUUUAGCAGCCAUCUAUUCCUGCUACGAGGAAUUCAUCAACAGCCGGGACAAUUCUCCGAGCCUGAAGGAGAUUCGGAACGGCUGCCAGCAGCCGUGCGACCGCAAGCCCAAUUUGCCCCUCCGGCUCCUGCACACGAGUCCCGACCUGGUGUCCCAAGAGGCCACGUUGACCGAGUCCCGCCUCAAGUCGGUCAUCGUCACGUCCAACGAGAUCCACGUGGAGGUGGAACGCAACAACACCGCCAACCAGAAGAUGACGGCCAACGUGGGCAAUGACAGCGAGCCCAACCUGAUAGACUGCCUGAUGGUCAGCCCCACCUGCAGCACCAUGAGCAUUGAACUCAGCGCCCAGGCGGAUCGCAUCCUUGGCUGCUACGUGGAAAUUCUCAAGAUGCUAUCAGAUUAUGACGACUGGAGACCAGCUCUCGCCAGCUUGCUUCAACCCAUCCCGUUCCCCAAAGAGGCUCUUGCACACGAGAAGUUCACAAAGGAGCUGAAGUACGUCAUCCAAAGAUUCGCAGAAGAUCCAAGACAAGAAGUCCAUUCAUGUUUGCUGAGUGUGCGGGCUGGCAAGGACGGCUGGUUCCAGCUCUACAGCCCCGGCGGCGUGGCAUGCGAUGACGAUGGAGAACUCUUUGCCAGUAUGGUUCAUAUUUUAAUGGGCUCCUGUUACAAGACGAAAAAGUUCCUUCUUUCGCUGGCUGAAAACAAACUAGGGCCCUGCAUGCUACUCGCUUUGAGGGGCAACCAGACCAUGGUGGAGAUUCUUUGCCUGAUGCUGGAAUACAACAUCAUAGACAACAAAGACACCCAGCUUCAGAUUAUCUCCACCCUGGAGAGCACCGACGUGGGGAAGAAGAUGUACGAGCACCUUUGCGACAGGCAAAGGGAGUUGAAAGAACUGCAAAGGAAAGGAGGGCCUACAAGGUUAACACUGCCAUCAAAAUCCACGGAUGCAGACCUGGCCCGGUUGCUGAGCUCGGGCUCCUUCGGCAACCUGGAGAACCUCAGCCUGGCCUUCACCAACGUCACGAGUGCCUGCGCUGAGCAUCUCAUCAAGCUGCCUUCGCUCAAGCAGCUGAACCUGUGGUCGACUCAGUUUGGAGAUGCCGGGUUGCGGCUCCUCUCCGAACACCUCACCAUGCUGAAAGUCCUCAACUUGUGCGAAACGCCCGUCACCGACGCUGGGCUGCUGGCGCUGAGCUCCAUGAAAAGCCUGUGUAGUUUAAAUAUGAAUAGCACCAAACUUUCGGCAGACACCUAUGAAGAUCUCAAGGCUAAAUUGCCCAAUUUGAAGGAAGUGGAUGUCCGCUAUACAGAAGCGUGGUGAAAUCUCUCGUGCUGAAUUUGUAGCUUUUGUGGAGGAGGAGGAGGAGGAGGAGGAGGUGUGAAGAAAGAUAUUUGAAACAAUAAAAAAAAGCAGAGAACUAAACUUUUGGCUUCUACUUCUAGAGAGCAGCAAGUUCUGAGGACUUCGAUUUUAGGAGCUGUGUUUGUGAGGUAGCGGAGUGUGGCUUUGCGUGUGGGAGGGGGAACUGAGCAUGUCCGGACCCCACCGAGUUCUUUCCGCUUCGUACUCUGAAAUUCGACAUCGUCUAAAUUAAAGGGGAGUGGGGGGGGGGAAGCAAGACUGUGUAGCUGCAAGAAAAUUAGGAGAAAAGGGGGGGCAUCUGUCUGGAUUUUCAUUUGCUUUUUGUGUGCGUGUGUGUGUGAUUUUUAAAUGCUAUGUGGAAAGAAAGAAAGAAAGAAAAAUACACGAGAACAUAACGCCAGUUUUUCCUAGUUUUCCUUGAAUGGACCCUCUGCCUUUAGGUGCUUUUCCAUCUUUCCCGCUCUUAAAAAAAGAAAGAGAAAUCAAGAGAAGAAAAAUUAAACUCACGUGAUUUUCACAUCUCGCUCUGUUCUUUUGACCGUUAUGCAAAGUAAUUUUGUUGUACAUACAAUUUACAUAAUGCACCUAUUUAAGACAAUGGCUCACAAACAACAGGUCUGGGACCUGUGUCUCUUAUUUAUGAAUUGUUCAUUCUUUUAUCUUGUUUGUUUGUUUGUUUCAUUUUGUUUCGCAUAUAGUACUGUAUAAACUAGUUCGCCGUCUUACUGAUUUUUUGUUUUGUUUUUUUAAAAAAACAACCACAACAGAAAACCUUCUUUGAAUAAUGGACUUUUGGACAUGCCUUCCUGUAUUACAUAGUUUCUGUCAUAUCCUUCAGCCCGCCGCAUUUCUGAUUUACAAAUGCCUCAAGCUUUGUUCAGACAGAGGAAACCGUAUGCAUAUAAAUACAUUUAUAUUAUACAUACAAAAGUGAAAAGAGGGUUGGGGGGUUGGGAAUAGGUUGGGAAUUACCCAAGUUAUACUUUAAAACUGUGCCAGGGUUAGGAAGUUAGGAGUGGCAAAGAAGCCACCUAUUAUAAUUGUUAUUCUUCUUUUUAAAAAAAAAAAAAAAAAAUGUUAGAUAAAAGAAAAACUUGAGUUUCAGAUAAAACUUAAGUUGAGCUGUCAAGGUAUGCCUGUCUGUUUUUUGUUUACGUCCAAUAUUUCAACGGCAAGUACUUCCACAUAGCAACUUUCCUGUCAUUUCCCCACCCACAGAGCACUUCUUUUCAAAAGAUGGAGGCACACCCUCUUUGCUGUGAUGGGUGUCUAAGGGCUCAUCUACACCAAGCAGGAUAUUCCACUAUGAAAGCAGUAUAUAAAAGGCAGGAGCCACACGACUGCUUUAUAGCGGUAUUGAAGUGCACUGACAACUGUUGGGGCGCAUUGACACAUGCCAUAUACCGCUAUAUCCUGCUUGGUGUGGCUCCUGCCUUUUAUAUAGCACUUUCAUAGUGGAAUAUCCUCCUUGGUGUAGAUGAGCCCUAAGUCCCAACCUGAAGAUAUAACCACUAUCCAUUUCCUGAUCCUCGUACAAUUACUGAGAAAAAAUAUAUGAUACAAAUCCACCCCCACAAACCCCAGUGUGUUUUCUUUUAUAAAUAUGCUUUUGGAUUAUUAUUAUUAUUAUUACUAUUAUUAUUAUUUUCACAAUAAGCAAUCUUUGGAUGGAGCAGCUUUUUUUUUUAAAAUAAAAAAAGCAAAAGUUUUAUUUUUUUUCUUUUCUUUUCGAGUUUAACAGAUGUUUUUCAGUUCUUUUUGCACCUCAAGAUUUAGCAUCCAGGCAAUGUAAUUUUUAUACAUAUAUAUAAAUAUAUAUAUAAAUAUAAAUAUAUAUAUUUAAUCGUAUUCAAUGGGAAGCAAAGCUUUUGCUGUUCUGGUUGUCUUUGGUUGUGUUUUUUUAAAAAAUUUGUUGAUAGGUAGCUUAUUCAUACUUUGAGUCUCCAUCUUCUGACUCUUCACAUCGACAAAAACGGUUGUUUCAAGUCUUAAUUCAUAUAGUGUGAUAGGUUUAUUUUUUGUUUUGGGGUGUGUUUUUUUCCCUGCCUUAUAUCCCAAGCUGUCUGAUAAACUCAGUGAGGGAAGAAAAGAAAAAGAAAAGAAAAAGGAGAUAAAACUUAUGCCAACAUUUUAUCCUUAGCACUGUUGCUUUUACCGAUGGAUUACUACUACUGUUCUGUAGCUGUGUAUAAAAAGAAAAAAGAAAAAAAAAGAUGUGAAAUAAUUUCAGGCAAAAAAAAUAAACUGUAAGUGAAUAUCUUU